AGAGCAGCUCAGACAGAGGCGCUUCUUGCGUCAAUUAGCUCGUUUGUCUUUACAACAUAUUACCCUAUAGCGCUGUCUACUGGUCUGAUUCAGUUUCUGGCAGUGCUUGGGUAUGAUACAGGCACAGACCGCUUGCGGACAGCAAAGAACUACUCGUAUAUGCUAGCAGGGAUGGUGUACUGCGUGCGGGUAGUCGCAGUUGAGGCGCUGCUCCCAGGCUCACAGCGCAGCGCGCAAACUGAGCUGGACCGCGAUCGCUUUGUAGAGAUGCGGCAGAGGUAUCUAGCAGAUGGCUCGUUCAGCCCGAUGAGCGAGAUGAUCAGCAUGCUCGCGUACGGCAAGCACAUUGGAUUAAACGCCAGCAACUCAGGCAACGCACACUAG